CUCGGUGUAGUACACAUCGCGUAACGGGUGAUUCGCGAUCGGUGGAUCAACGUAUGAGUCUAAAUGUUCGUUUUUCCUUCUCUCAAAGGUCACAAUUCUGCGUCACACCUGUUUGUAUUCGGAUUCAACCGCGAAAGCUCUACUAACUUUGCUGCUGGUGGUAGCGGGUAGUAACGUGACUACCCAAAACGGUUUGACGCGGCGAGGCUUGAUAUAUUGUAAAACAACUUUUAGAAGUGCGCGAUUUCGAGCCUCAAACCGCAGAUUAAAAAUAGUGUGUGCUUGAUUGAAGGCAGAAAAAAGUGUUGUUAUAAAAGAAACCAGGUGAGUUCAUAACUUAUCAGUAAUCUCGACACGCCCGAUGUGAAUGACAUUGCGCGGUAGCCAUGUGUGAAACAACAAAUCAGCCCAACUUCAAUGUGUGAAACAAAUAUUAGGUACAGUGAACAAAGCUAACAACGUGCUAAACACUAUCGGUCUAUCGAUGGGAAACAGAACAACGGGAACGAUGGCGACACUGGUAUAGAAAAACUGAGAUAAUUUUCAAGAUUGUGAUAAUGUAAGGGGAACGAUAAUCUUUCAUUGCGCCGACAGUAGUAUUGUCCCUCAGUUCCAGAGCGAUAGACUUUUAAUUUUCCACUUCAGUCCAGUGUGUGAGGCGCAUCCGAACAGGUGACCGAAUGACGAAUUCGCGCUUUUGAUCAACGACCAACUGUGGCAGGUGACACAACUUAUUUCGUACAAAACAGUUAACGCAAUGGUCAGUGAUAGUGACUUCCGGGAUUUUUAGUGUAUUACCGAAAAAAGUGAAUUGUUAGCAUGCCAAAUAAUCGUAGUAUUCUGGCGAAUCAGUAAGCGGAAAUUUCUCAACCAGCCGAAUUUAACGUCGAUUGGUGAUUAGUGUGAACGAGUUUGCGAUUCAUCGUUAACAAAACCAACAACAAACAUGAAGUCCAAUUAUCUGUGCGGAUUAUCGUCCUGGCAUCCAGCAUGGUUGCAGCGUUUCGCAACGUCACGGUCUUUCAUCAUGGUGUACGGAUUCCUGGGAACGACACAAGCCAUGGCCUACAUUUACUUCGUAAUCACCCUGACGACACUCGAGAAGCGCUUCAAAAUUCCAUCCUCCACUACAGGAAUCAUCCUUAGUGGUAAUGAAAUAUCACAAAUUUUGCUCUCACUCAUCCUCUCGUACGUCGGUGGCCACAGGAACCGACCCCGGUGGAUAGCGUGGGGAGUGGUGUUCUGUGCGCUUUCCUGCUUCAUCCUGGCGUCACCACACUUCAUCUAUGGAGCCGGUGAAGAUGCACUGCAGCUCACAAAAGAGUUCAUCAAUGACCAAGAAGCAGAAGCGCUUCUCAGAAGUCACAACCUCACAAAAAUAGUGAAAAGUACGAAUCGCCUCUGUCUGGACACCUUUUCGGCCAAAGAGUGUCAUGAGCUCAUCUCGGUCGUUCCACUUGUGCUGAUAUUUAUGUCCCAGUUUGUACUGGGAAUCGGAAACACUCUCUAUUAUUCGCUGGGACAGACCUAUUUGGACGAUAACACGAAAAAGACCAACACACCACUAAUGCUUGCGUAUGCUUCAUCCCUCCGAACGUUCGGCCCAGUUGUUGGGUUCGCUCUUGGCUACUUUGCACUGAAGAUCUACAUCGAUCCAACCAAAACACCCGUCAUCGACAGUUCUGAUCCGCGCUGGUUAGGAGCCUGGUGGCUCGGAUGGAUAAUUCUCGGGCUAGCCAUGUUGGUAUUUGCUGCUCUGAUUGGACUCUUCCCGAAGGAUUUACCAGCCAAGAAGAAGGAGAUCAGUAGGCCCAAAUCGAACAUGCCAGUUGUGCUAAUGAAUGAUGCUGAAGCCUUCGGGAAGGAGAAAAAUCCUUUGAGCAAGCCAAGCGAGCCAAACAAUCACUUGACACCGAAUGGGAACAGCAGUGUGGAAGAACAAUUGGUAGAAUUUCCUCGAUUGAAAGAUUUCCCGAAAGCUCUAAUGCGACUUCUCAAAAACAAGCUGCUCAUGUGCAACAUAAUCUCCGGUAUUUUCUACAUUCUGGGCUCCAGUGGCUACAUCACAUUCCUCAGCAAGUACAUUGAGGUGCAGUUCCAUAAAACGACAGCCAACGCAACGGUCAUCACCGGUCCUAUCACUCUGUUCGGAAUGGUGGCUGGAUUUCUAAUCUCAGGCAUUGUUAUCUCCAAGAAAAAACCAUCGCCUAAAAUUUUGCUGUUUUGGAAUGUAAUCGUCGGAAUUGGCUACAUGAUGGGUCAAUUUUCAUACCUGUUCCUCACCUGCCCGGAUGGGAACAUGCCUCUGGUGCAGGGUCGACUGAACCUUUCGGCCGAUUGCAACAGCCACUGCCACUGCGAAGGCAUCCCGUAUAGUCCAAUCUGUCAGGAAGAUACGGGAAUUACGUUCUUUUCCGGCUGUCACGCUGGUUGUGACGUGUGGAAUGCUUCCGGGAAAUUUUACGAUCAGUGUACCUGCCAAAACGAAAACUAUUCUCCAAUUACGAGACCUUGGGCAAUGCAGCCAACCCAUACUACUGCGCAAAUUAAAUUCACUGAACAUACGACGACGGAGCAGUACUCCUCUUCGGUAUCCAGUUCAACUACGACCAGUAUUACUACGACUACGACCGAAUAUCCGGAGUACGAAGACUUCCCGAAAUUUAAAUCACUACGUCCGGUGACAAACGGUUCCGAGUUAACCGCAAACCAAUCAAAUCAAACAACGGAAGAUGAUUCCUACGUUUACGAUGAUGACGUUGCUGACUAUUUGGAUCGGCUGCUCGGAAGCGACGGUGACUUCAAUGCCUCCUCGAGUGAGGAACCCGCGCAGACGCGAAAGCGACGAGAAGUGACUGCACCACCUACAGCGGGGGAAAGUGCCUUUACGGCCAAACUCAUACCGGGUGCCUGUUUGAAAGGAUGUGCAUUCGGAUUCUAUCUGUUCUCGAUCAUAUCCAGUAUUAUCAACUGUUUCGGUGCAUCCGGACGCAUUGGAAAUUUGCUGGUCAAUUAUCGGUGCGUCGCCAAGGAGGACAAAUCCUUCACACAGGGGCUGAUUCUAAUGAUGAUCAGUCUAUUUGCACUGAUCCCGGGACCAAUCAUCUACGGACGGAUCAUCGACAGUACCUGUCUGGUGUGGACCGAAGAGUGCGGAGAACGAGGGAACUGUCAGCUGUACGACCAGCGCCUCUUUCGAUACUACAUCAAUCUGACGGCGCUAGGCCUAACAGCGAUUGGAGUAUUUUUCGAUCUUCUCGUGUGGUGGUACGGACGAACUUUGGAUCUUUACGGCGAUCAGGAGGCAGAGCAGAAGAAAACGGCUGCAAAGACCCCACCAAAACGUGUUUUAAUGUAAUUAGAACAACGUUUGAAACGUCACUUAAUUUUUCUUCAUUAACAGAGUAGGAAAUUUCGGAUGAAACGUUCGGCUUGUUGGUUUUAUGUGAUUUUAUAUUUAAAACAGUAAAAUAGAAUAAAAAUUCUAUACUUUACAAAUAUAUCAUCUAAAUCUGUGA